AUGUGGUGCAGCGGGAGUUGUCCGCCGCCGCUGCUGCAGAGCCUCAACGUGGAAGAAGACACGCGGUUGCUGCUGAGCAGCAGCAGCAGCAGCAGCAGCAGCAGCAAAAGUCUUUCUGUUUCUGAAAGAAAAAAGAAACUUUUGUCUUUGAAAACCCUCAAAGAAAUUCGAUUUAAUCCCCAACACAUUUACACUCUGGACUUUGCACAGAACUUCUUCCUCCCCUCCACUUAUGAAUUCGAUUUGGGAUUAUUUCGCAAGUCCCUUUGCCCUCUUCUUGACAAACAGCCAAUUGAAAUUAUGGCCAUUUUUAGUCCCCUCCUAAUAGGGGCCCCAGAAGGCCCCACAGGGGCCCCGGGGGCCCCCCCGGGGGCCCCCCUGGAGGCCCUCCUGGAGGCCCCCCAGCAGGACCCUUGGGGGGCCCCCCUGGGGGCCCCCCUGGGGGCCCCCCUGGGCCCUAGUGGGGCCCCACAGGGGGCCCCACACGCACAGGGGCCCCUGAAAGGUGGCGCAGCAAGAGGAGUUGUUCCUGACUUUGCGUCGCUGAAGGCAGCAGCAGCAGCAACACAAGCAGCAGCAGCAGCAGCUGCUGCUGCUGCUGCUAAGGAGAACAGAGAGUAUCCUUAUAAAGAGUUGCUGCUGCCGGAGAACCCCAAAGACAAAGUCUAUCUCUGGAGGUUUCAGCUGCUGCAUGAAGACCUUGUCGCUGGCCAAUAA